AUGUCCGACGCCGCCCCCGCCGCCCCAGUCACCGAGAACGGCGUGCCUGCGGCUGCGCAAGAGUCCGUCGUCGAAGAGACUCCCGGCUUCAAGGUAUUCGCCGGUAACCUUGCGUACACUACCACGGAUGAAGGGCUUAAGGCGUUCUUUGCGCCUGUCCAGAGCGACGUCCUGUCCGCUCAGGUCAUUAUGCGCAGCGGCAACCGCUCCGCUGGCUACGGCUUCGUGUCCCUCACGACCCUCGAGGCUGCCCAGAAGGCUGUCGAACUCCUCGACAAGCAGGAGCUCGACGGCCGCACCGUGAUCGUCGAGGUUGCCAAGCCUGCGGAGCAGAAGGACCAAGAGAAGAAGCAGAGGCGUGUCAAGAAGAGGACUGGCCGUCGCGGCAGCAAGUCCGUGCCCGGCGAGGUCAGCGAGGCUGAGGCAAACGGUGAGGCCACCAAGGCCGAGGGCGAUGCCCCUGCCACCGGCGACGCGGAGAAGCCCAAGAAGAAGAAGAAGGCUGUAAGUCCUAUCCGUAGACGCAAGCCCAAGCGCAAGACUGGCGCGACCUCGGAGGGCGAGGCGCCUGUCUCCGGCGCGGAGGGUGUUGAGGGUGCUGAUGGCGAGAAGAAGCCUCGUCAGCGCAAGCCUCGUGCCCCGCGUACCCCCCGCCCCGCUGGCGAGGACCCCGCCGGCGAGCCGUCUAAGACCGUCCUCUUCGUCGCCAACCUCGGCUUCAACAUCGAUGACGAGGGCCUCGCCAAGCUCUUCACCGACGAGAACAUCAAGGUCAACAGCGCUCGCAUCGUUCGCCGUCGCUGGGGGAAGCCCCGCAAGUCGAAGGGCUACGGCUUCGUCGACGUCGGCGACGAGGAGGAGCAGAAGAAGGCCAUCGAGGCCCUCCAGGGCAAGGAGGUCGGUGGCCGUGCCAUCGCCGUCAAGAUCGCCGUCAACACUCUCAACGACGGCGACGGCUCGGACGCUGGUGCCCCCAACGAUGCCGCUCCGGCGGAGGAGGAGAAGGCUCCCGAGGCUGCCCCCGCCGUGGCCGCUUAA